UCCUCCUCCAUCCCCUCAGUCAUCUCUUCAAUCUUUUAGAUCUACCCCAACACCCGUCUUUCCUUUCAAAUCCCCUAAUUAUUCCCACUUGAAAUUUUCAAUUUUAAAAACCCAUUUAAUCAUUUUCUUUUUAUUUUCCCUGCUUCCUUACUAAAUGCUAUUAAUGUGAAAUUUAUUAAAAGAGUUGGUGUUAAUAACAUUUCCAAAAUUUAAUCUUUGCUGACAGAUAGCGGUGAUUAAAAGGGAAACCGCAUAGCCACCUCCAUGUGCGCCUCCUCAUAUUAACCUUUACUCUCCCUUUCUUUUCACAAAAUCCCUAACACAAACAGACACUCUUUUCUCUCUUAUUUAUCUUCCUCAUUUUCCUCUGAUCCAAACAAUGCCUCUCCUUCUAUCUUCUCCUUGAACCCAGAAAGAUUAAGAAAAGUGAAAAAUAAGAAAAGAAAAUAUGAAUAAUUCUUGGUUUGACAAAAGCUUCGAUGGGGUCAGCGAUGAUUUUUUUGAUGACGUGAUAAAGUACUUGGAUUUCCCAUUGGAAAGUGAUGAAGGGACUGAUGGUGGUGGUAGUGGCGGAGAAGGUGUUACAAAAGAUUUUCAUUUGCCUCUUGAUGACGUGGAAGAGAACAAUGGUGGUGGUGGUGGUGAUGAUGAUGGUGAUGGUGAAGAGUGGGAUUGUAACUUCCAAAACUUAGAGCCACCGCCUGCUAAUGUUUUGGCCGGUUUGUCUUCCGGAUUUUAUGGCGAUUUUUUCAAUGAUAGUUUGGCCAAAAAUCAUACUGUUUCAUGUGAUGGAUCCUCUCAGCUAAACCAGCAGUCAAGCACUACCAAAGCAUCCUCCAGCAGAAGCAUUACCCUACACAGCGAGGCUGCCGAUAUCAAAGGUUCAAUCCGGUUCCAGACCUCCAGUCCAGUAUCUGUACUUGAAAGCAGUAGCUCUUGCUCAGCUGCAAAUGCCACACCUGUUAACCCUAAACUCAGUUUCCUGGUGAAGCGCAGUCGAAGCAACCGCAGACGAGCAUCUACCUUUAACCUGCAGUUUGCAGUGUCUUUCUUAUCCUCCACCUCCUCUACCUCAAGAGGAUCUAAUUCUCUGGUUGGUUCUGAAUCUGAAUCAGAAAGCUUUCUUACCGACAAACCUGCAAAAAAGAGACAGAAGAAGAAAAAGAACCUGACAUUGCUUUCAGGUUCCACUGAGAUCAAUAAAUCCACCUCCCAACAGCCUAUUAUUGUUAGGAGAUGUAUGCACUGUGAAGUUACAAAAACUCCACAAUGGAGAGCGGGGCCGAUGGGACCAAAGACCCUCUGUAAUGCAUGUGGAGUUCGCUACCGGUCUGGCCGCCUCCUCCCAGAGUAUCGUCCGGCUGCAAGUCCUACAUUUGUUCCAUCAUUGCACUCCAACUCUCAUAAGAAGGUUGUAGAGAUGAGAAAAAUAGGCAAGCUGCUGAUGGCUGUGAGACCAUCCAUGUUGUCAAACCCACCAGAAAAGUCAUUUGGAUAGCAACUGCAUUGAUAAUUAUUAGUUCAGAAAGCUUCAAUAGCCAGUAGGGAGUUUCCAUGUUCUGUAUCUUAUAUUAAUUUUUCCCCCUUAUUCUCAGUGUGUACAUUGAUGGAAUGAGUAGGAACUUAGAUGACAUGUUUUGCAGGAAAGACAGGCAGGAAAUAGGCAGAAAAUAUCUCAGUGAGUGAAGUAGAGCAUGGAGGGUGGAUUUUCAAAUUAGGUUUAGUGAUGCUUAUGCCAUUUAGAGUUGCUUAACAUGUUUGACAGUAUCAGGUCCCACCCGAUUCAUUUAUUCUUCUUAAA